GUUCAGAUAAAAUUAUUCAUUUAAUUUGCCAUAAAAGCGACUAAAAAUCUACGAAUUAGUUUAGAGCGUUACUAGCUUGAGCAUACACCACAGUUGGAAUCGCACAAAAUGGAUUACACUUCCUUCGCAAAACUAUGGAUUUCGUUCUUAUUUAUAGUUUGUACCACUACUUUAACACAGGCGUGGUUUUUACCUCAAGGUUAUGGCUCUAGCGAUUUCGGCUUCAAUGGUUUUAUCUUUAAUGGUUUGGGCUUAGCCACCACAUCCGAAUUUAAAUGCCGAAGGGUCGGUCGCUAUCCCGAUCCAUACGACUGCCGUAAUUUUUAUGAUUGCUACAGUGGUGGUACAUAUAACCGCUAUAGAUGCGGCCCCUUUAAACGGUAUUCGGUUAAUCGGCAAGGGUGUAUAAACGCCUCCAGCGUAGCUUGCUAUAAUCUGGCUUUUAGUUGCUCUUCUACCGGUGAUAUGGGUGCAUGGCCUGGUGAUGCAAGUAUAUUCUAUAUCUGUGAGGUUAGUGGUACCAGUGGAAGAUUAGUACCUUCGCUAUUAAGAUGCCCCCAAGGUUUGUUAUUCAAUGGCGAAAUUUGUGCAUAAUUUGGUGGAAGAUGCUAUUUGUGUCAGAUUUGUUGUACUUACAAAUAAAAUCUAAAUCUAUGAAUUUUAA